AUGGCUAAAAAGUUUGACAGCCUAACAAUUCAUGGAUUGCCAAGAGCAUUUCAAGGAACGGCGAUGGAACGUUUAUUUUGGAUUAUUAUCGUAUGUGUAAUGACGACACUCACGUCUAUUUUUCUUUAUCAGAUCUGUCUUAACUACACAAAGCGUGAGGUUACAAGAGAUGUCCUGCAGGUAUCUCAUUCAGAAAUGCAAUUUCCAGUUCUUACCAUAUGCAAUAAUCCUGUAUCGCCAAUGAAAAAACACACCAAUUUUCGUUUUACAACUGGAUUUAAACAAUUCCUAAAUAAUUCCAGACUACUCUGCAUUGUGAAUGGUGUACCAUGUAACCAUUAUGUUACCUCGGAAACACAUCCAGAAUGCAUCAUUUUAAAUGCCAAUCAGGCUUUAUAUCAGGCAUUUCCACAUCAUGCAAAUGCAAUGGUUUUGCAUUUGUUUAUCAACAACAGCGACUACGAGGAGUCAACCUAUCGUUCAUAUGUCUCUACACACAGUUCAGGAGUUAGCGUUUCCGUUGCCAACCAACCUAUGAUAAUUGGCAGUGAUAUAGGUGUAGAUUUAGCCACUGGUUUCCGGACCGUUCUUACAUUGAAGAAAGAGGAAAUCAAACGGUUGCCAUAUCCAUUUCCAUCAAAUUGUAGAAAGGAGAAACACAGUGAUUUUGAGUGGGCUCAGACAGUGAAUGGUUGUUAUUUUUCAUGCAUCCUCAAAAGUCUCGUAGAACAGUGCAAUUUUAUACCAGCUUGGGCUGAUUUUCUGGCACAUAAUUUAACUUUAAAAGGACCACUAAAUGACUCGUGUGCAUAUUUUAUACAUAAGUCAAAAAAAGAUAGACAAAGCUGCGACUGUCCUCCAAUGUGCGAAGAAGUAGUAUAUCCCAUCGCAGCAACUGCCAUGUUACCGUGGCCUGAAAGUAAUCAGAAGGUUUUGUUUCGAAAGUUACUAUCCGAUACAUUUCCAGAUGAAAUUGUUGACGAUAACUUCGUUAAGAAUCACAUUGCAAGAUUGGAUGUCCUGUUUGAGACUUUUGAGACAACACAUAUCAUCGAGAGAGAAAAAUAUCCUUUUGAAAAUUUAGCUUCUGAUAUUGGCGGUGUUACCGGUGUUUAUCUUGGCGCAUCUUUAAUUUCCUUGUGCGAGUUGGUGUUAAUUCCAAUCUACGCUUUCUGUGGAAAAAAAAGUGAAAAGCAAGAAAUAUGA